AUGACCCAGCAAGACGCUGGGCUCGGCGGGAGGGCGAGCGAGCGAGCGAGCAGGCGGUCGGACUGCCUGCCUGGUAUAAAGGUGCCCGCCGCUUGACUGGCGGCCACUCCCAAAGGCGGCCCUGGGUGGGGCUUCGCGGGCCUCGCUCCGCGAGCAGAACCGGUCUGACGGUGGAGGCUCGGAGGCAGGGAGGGAAGCGCCCUCAGAGCCCUCUGGUCGUUCAUUUCUCGGCCUGUUUCAUGUGGCGUUUAAUCUGACUCGUCCAUCGAAGCCGCCGUCUGAUUUUGAGCGCCCCUAAGGGGGCUAACGUCUUGGUCAGUUUAUAUCGCCUUAGCCGUCUCGCAUGGAUAUUAUUAUUAUUCAUUUUUAAAGGAGGGAAAGACUUUCCCCACACGUUCCCUCAGCACUUGGUCGUCUCUGCCGUGGUCUUGAGCCGCUUCUGGUGGCCUUCGCCGCCACAGACGGGUGGGGAGGAAAUAUAACGAAUACAUUCCCCCUCCGACAACCUGCUCUCUGCCCACAUUUCAUAGGUUUUACCUCACCCCUGAGGGAACGCCGUUCGCAACAAAGCCUCUCUGGCAUAAAUGUCACCUGCCCAAGGCAUUUUGGCACCUGAGGCGAACCACAAAAUGGCGCUCUUCUGAGCACCAGGGAAGAGGCGUGAGGGACCUUUACCUUUUUUACAUCAGGAACAAGGGUGGGUAGGUGGGAAAUAAAUAUCUACAUCAUGGGGCUCUGCUGCUGCUGCUGCUGCCCCUGUGGAUCCUGCCGCCAGAGGCGGUUGCCUCACCUUGCCUAAUGGAUGGGCCAGCCCUGCAUAAGCAAUGGGUAUGUUUGGGCAGCCCUGAUCUCCCACCUCACCCUCUCCUUAACAAUAAAAUUGCUCGCUGGAUCCCAUCAGCAGCACACCCAUCAUUUUUAUCUGAGAGAAAAGCAGAAGGAUGUGGGUGUGCAGAGAUAAGGAGAUAUAAUAUCAGUUGGGAGAAUGAGCAACUUGCCCCAGUUAUGCCGUGAUCUUUAUAGUUGAAAUAUUCCAAUCUGUCUGAGACUUUUUGUGAGAAAUGUAUAUGUUGUCUUUUCAGUUUGCUCCUGCAGAAAAGGAAAAUGUUUUUAUUAAUCGUGUAAAUCAUAGGGCUUUAAGAAAAUUGCAGCAGGAGUGUGUGUAAGGCUAUAGGAAUAUUGCAGCCAGGAUGUGGCGUGGCUAUUGCUAGCAUAUUUCAAACUAGCUGUGGUCACAUGUUCUAUAGGGUGUUGUUUCUUUCGAAAUCUUGAGGCUGGGGACUUUUCGAGAAAGAUAAGUUCUGAAGAAAUAGACUAUCUUUAGCAACCGUGGCCAGGGGCUUUUUGCAAAACAGGUAGCUGAAACAGGUCACGGUGUCACACACUUCAGUGAAAUAAAGAAACCUAGCCUUAUUGCUAAAACAGUAUGAAGGGGACAGAGGCUUGACCAAAUUAGGGGCUUUGGGGAAUGGGAAAAAUUAACCAAAUAAGGGGCUUUGGGGGAUGAAAGAGGGGUUGGGGGGUUGGAUUUUACAUUGCAAUAGACAGACACGAUAGGUGUUGCAUUUUGAAUGCCCCUUCCUAGUGGGCGGCAAAGGAGGGACUUGCGCUCAGGAAAAGGGUUUAAAUAUUCAUGUUUUUGAUAAGAAAGUGUGUGCCUGCCUUUUCAGGUCACCCACUUGCAAGUGUUUCUUUUCAAUAAAAUAUUGCUGCUUCAUGAACUUUGCCCAGACUUUAUUAUUUCAAAGGGAUCCAGGACCUAAGUCCUGGCCUAGGGACCAGUGUUUCUAUCGCACAUUUUUGCACCUCAUUUAGCCAUGUCCCUUUGCUAUGCCUAACUUUUAUCUCCCAAGCUGAAGCUCUUUCCCCAAAAGACCUCAUGUGGCUCUUUGAAUAACUUGGCCAGAUCUCCUAAACAAAGUCCCUUCAUAGUGUUACACAUUUCCAUUUUCAAAUGUGGAGCUGGCAGAAUGAAACUGGCAAAAUUCUCAUCUGUUGUCCUCCAACAAAUUACCACUAUUUAACAGGUUGCAACUGGAUUUGAUGCAGUUUUAGAAUUUCAAUCCAAGAGCAAAGGAGUCCCUCCGGCAAGGGAAAACUGGAAUAAAUGUCUGACAAGAAUAAUAAUCUUUGGGCAGCUAACCUGUGAAGUUGUUACUUUUUUUGUAAAUAUAUUUGUAAAUACUAGGAAGGGGGCACUACCCCUAUCCCUAAUUUCAGUAUCCUAGUCCCAAACUUCACUAUCAGGUUCUGGAAGGCUGAUGUUUAGGGUGCAAGUUUAAUCACACUUACUAUGUCCCCUUGAACUUGGUUGAUGUUACUUCCAAAUAAUUAUGCAUAGGAAUAAUUUCCAUUGAACAAAACAAAACUUCCUUCAUAAAUUUAGUGUAGUCCUUUGUACUCUAAAGCCAUUACAGCAGCAAACAACACUGAUGAAACUUUUCACUCCCAUUUUCCCACCUAGUUAUCAGAAAUGUCCACUCCUUAACCUGCAGGGUUAAUUGGACAUAUUCCAGAAUUGUUCUUGAGUUUUUGCUUGGCACUUACACCCUAUGUUUCAAACAGCCAAGCCUUUUUCUGCCAUAGGUUAUUUUGUGCUUGAACAGAAAUUACUAUUGCACCUUGUCAGCAUCACUAGUGAGUUCCUUAUCAUAAAUCCUUCAGGAUAACUUGACUGGUAUUUUUAAUAGAUAUUUUCUUUUUUUCUAUCAUUUCUAUUUUUUCCUUACAUUCCCCUUACUUUGAAUGAUAAUUUGAAUUAUUAAUUGUACGUAAGCUGGAACUGUACACUGACUUUGGCCUGCCCAUUACCCUCCCCUAGCUGCUAUAGACUAUAUAUGUCCCAUGGCAGGCGGGGAUGGGUGCAAUGUGUAUGGGCAAAUGCCUCCUAAGCCAAAGGAGUCUGCAAAGGUCCUUGCUUAUCUCCAUAAUCAGAAUGUAUUUUAGAGAAGAAAAUAAAUAAUGCAUAUUUCCUUGAUUUGCACAACUUGUACAGGUUACAGAACUGACUGUAGAGACAGAAACCAUCCAUUCCUUACUGUACUGUUUUUUCUGGUCCAUUUAAUUUCAUCUUCUUUAUAACCACUGCCUUAUUUGUUGUGAUGUUACAGAACCCAGAUGAAACGCAGGAAGGCAUAGAGAUAAGGAAAGUGGGUGAGUGGCACGUUAAAAGGAUACCAGAAUACAAGACAUAAUUCAAUCCAGGCUUAUGAGGGUUUAGUGUCAAAACUUGUUUUCAGCACAAGUGCUCAUCCUAAACAGAAAAGACGAGUCUGCUUAUGAGUAUGUAUAAAGUUCCCUCCUCAUUGAAUAGCUCUACUCAGUUAAGACACGACUAGGAUUGCAUUGCACAGAGAACAAACUACAGGAAAUGACUUUCUUCACACAAUUUGUAGGGACUAAAACUGACUCAGGCUCAAACUGUCACUCAGCUAUGAAACUUGGGCCAGUGAUUUAUUAUUAUUAUUAUUAUUAUUAUUACUACUACUACUAUACUACUACUACUACUACUACUACUACAACCACAGCUACUAGAUUUAUUACCCACCCUUCACCAGCAAGUCCCAGGGCAGGCUACAACAAUUUGAAAUUUAGUAUUAAACAGUAAAGACAAAUUACAGUCACUGGACAUGACAUGAGCCAACAGUGUGACGCAGCAGCUAAAAAAGCCAAUGCAAUUCUGGGCUGCAUCAAUAGGAGUAUAGCAUCUAGAUCAAGGGAAGUAAUAGUGCCACUGUAUUCUGCUCUGGUCAGACCUCACCUGGAGUACUGUGUCCAGUUCUGGGCACCACAGUUCAAGAAGGACACUGACAAACUGGAACGUGUCCAGAGGAGGGCAACCAAAAUGGUCAAAGGCCUGGAAACGAUGCCUUAUGAGGAACGGCUAAGGGAGCUAGGCAUGUUUAGCCUGGAGAAGAGGAGGUUAAGGGGUGAUAUGAUAGCCAUGUUCAAAUAUAUAAAAGGAUGUCACAUAGAGGAGGGAGAAAGGUUGUUUUCUGCUGCUCCAGAGAAGCGGACACGGAGCAAUGGAUCCAAACUACAAGAAAGAAGAUUCCACCUAAACAUUAGGAAGAACUUCCUGACAGUAAGAGCUGUUCGACAGUGGAAUUUGCUGCCCAGGAGUGUGGUGGAGUCUCCUUCUUUGGAGGUCUUUAAGCAGAGGCUUGACAACCAUAUGUCAGGAGUGCUCUGAUGGUGUUUCCUGCUUGGCAGGGGGUUGGACUCGAUGGCCCUUGUGGUCUCUUCCAACUCUAUGAUUCUAUGAUUCUAUGAAUAGAGUGGGUCCUGAAAACACACAUCUCAGUUAGCUUGAUCUGCAUCACAGGGUUGUUAUGGAGAUAAAUGUUUAAAGGAGAAAACCUAUGUAUACCACCUUAUGCUCAUCAAAGGAAGGGAAUAAUAGAAAAGAAACAUAUUAAUAGAAAUAUAUUUUAAAAAUGGAAAGAGUUACGUGACAGCUGUUGCUAGACACUACAGGAGGGGAGUGGAAAAGCUGCACAUCAUCCUUUAGUAUGUAAACCCAAUAUUUAUUUAUUUAUUGAGAUUCAAAGGGUCUCAAAGGCAAUUUACAAAUAGCAAAUACAAAAAUAAAACAGAGUGGGGGAGGAAUAAACAAUUUUUUUAAAAAAACCACACAAGCAGCAAGGAGGUGAAGAAACAAAGUAAACAUAUCAUCAUAAUCAAAGCAAAGUAUAUUGAACACAGCAAAAGUGGUGGUAGUAGCAGCAGUUUUAAACGCUUUCCUAAAAAGCGAACUUUUCAGCACCUGCCAAAUGACACAUGGUGACUAGGUCAGAACUGUAAUUCCAUUGUUGCCUGCUUUAGAUACAUUUUUUUGUCCAGGCCUUAUAGACGUUAUAGGAGCCAAGUCUCUUGGUCAAGGUACUGCUGAGUGCUGCUGCUGUUUUAUGUAUAGAAUUAUCAGUGUUGGAUUUGCCAGUGAUUAAACUAUUACGAUGUUUAUUAUAUUAUAUUGUUAGCAGCCCUGUGCUUCUCUGAUAAUUGAGGAGGCAUCUAAAAUCUGCUGUUUUUUUCUCUUUCGUAGCUCUGAGCAGAAUCUGCUUGUUUCUCUGCCCGUGCUGCCCAAGUUUUCUCCAUGAUGAAAAUCCACAAAAUAGAUGA